AUGCUCAUAUUGACUCAAAAUUUCAGUAAGCUACGAAAUUUGAAACAGCGAUGCAAGUCGAGCAGAACAACAGCGGCUACUGCUCGUCGACGACUAUCUACUCAACCUCAAAAACUCAAUAUCACAGUACCUACACGGCUACAACAAUUGGACAGUUUAGGUGAUUCAAUUAGACGACACUACGAGGUGCAGACCGAAUUCAGAAACACUUUUACUGUAUAUAAUAAAACAAGUGUUCGAAAUCGGGAUGAAGAAGAACAACUAGAAGAUUUCCACCACGAGGCAGCCGACUUUCAAGACAUUGUGGAGCAGAGCGUGCAUAAUGUGCCCCAAGUCGGCUCUAUAGUUGAGAUCGCUCAACCUGAUGGUCCACGAGUGGGCAUAGUGGUCCAGGAUCUCGGAGCGAGGUUCGAUGAAAGACACAACCAUGUUCUCGUGCUCACUGCAGAGAAUGAGAUUGUCAAAAUCAAACCCUUGGAUGUAAAUUUCCAUUUGCACAAUGUCAUACCUCAAGCACAAGCAGCAAGCUUUUUUGAUGGAAUACUACGAGAUCGACACAACUUGCACCGUGACGAGCGGAAACGGAUCAUUCGGUUCCUCGAUAACUAUAUUCACGACGUUAUGCUCAACAAGAGGCGAUUUGCCGAUUCGCUCCUGUGUACGUUUAGCCAGUUUGCAAGAGACGAGAUUGCCGCGAUAUCGCUCAUUGACGUGGUGAACUCAUUGAAACUAAGCGGCUCUGAUGUACUCAAGUUCUCGCUGUCGUACCGCCAUCAGUGCGUCCUACUUCAGAGUCUACAUUGGAAUCUUGUCGACUCGCCCAUGUGGCUUGUUCCAAACUGCUUUGACUUCAAAGUGUCGAACUUAGUAAUGUGGCAACAUUCCAACAUUUUCUCGUCAAGUUUGGGAUAUUUUGUCAAUUCGGAACAGAAUUGGCACAGUAUCUACCUGUUUUUGCAGAGCAUGUCACGAGAUGACACGGUUGCUCAAAUGAACGAGUUCAUUGCAAAAGUGAAAUCAAUGACCAAAGAUCAAGUCAAUGUCCACCUCCGUGUGUUUGAAGGACGGCAUUUUAGACAUUUCCUCAAUGUGUUAAAGUUUGCCGUUAUAUACCCGCACGAUUCAGUUAUUGCACAACUCCGUAAACUAGAUGUCUUUGGUCAAAAUUGCUCACCUUCAGCCAUCUAUCAGCUUCUCGUGGAUAUGAAAAUAUACUCGCCGGAGCGGGCGAUGACCGAUAUAUAUUUGUCACUGGGCCUCUUUGGUAACACAGAACAGCUUAGUGUAACGGAAUUUGAUACUUUGGACAGAACUUCACUAGUACCACCACCACCUAAACCACCAUCUCCAUCACCAUUAUCGCUAUUGUCUACUGUUGAUAAUUUUCGACACUUGAGGACAGCGAAAAAGUACUACAAGGACCAUGUCGUAUAUGGCUUCGUGGACGAAGACAGUAGUUAUAACAAAGACGACGAUAAUGAUUCUAACCUAAGUAGCAGCUUUGCAGUGUCGAUUGAGACCUUAAACUCGAGGAAGCACGUGAUCAAUAUACAUGUACCGGACGUCAUCACUCGCGUUAAACCUUCGAGUGAUACUUUCAGGAGAAUUGUUGAUGGGGACCGCAUACAAAAAACCGUUACUGGUCUUUUCAAAGGAGCUGCAAAAAUUGGCGAACUUUAUCCAGAACUGGCCGCGGAAGCAAUGAAGUUUCGCAAUUUUGAGCAAUUUAGUAGAAAUGAGGAAAUCUGGGAAGGUGGCGGCUUUGAGAUUGAAUCGCAAAACAAACUCCGCUUUGAGAACUUGUCGGAGGUCACUUGUUUAACUAUUUCCUUGACGUUUGGUGCUUCCGAAUUGAACCCAUUUGCCAAAAUAGAAGGAAAAGUGUCAAUGUCGUUUGACUCGUUGACGGGGGUGACUUUGAAGAAUGUAGGCAAGCGCACUUUACAGAAAUGCCUCACCGGUCAACUAGAGUCACCUUUUUUCAAUAUUUUAAGCAUGCAUAGACGCUCUUCAGAAAAUCAGUCGCUCUUGAACAAGGCCGAUAUCCAUAAUUUGAACCACAUCAACAGCGCUUUAAAGACUUUUUUCAAGGUGAGAGACCAUGCGGGAUCGAGUUCAGUGAAGCCAACUGCAGCGGCUCAAUAUGCCUCCGAUGUGAUCAAAAGAGUCUUUAGACGAUCUGACCGGUCUCAAUCACUCAUAAGCUAUCGCUCACAAGAGGCAGCGUCUUUUCCUCAAGCCGAGUUUAUGAUUCACGAAUUGAAAUUGCUUGCAAAUCAUUUGAGUGCUGUUUUCUGCGACAGCACUGAUGUUCCUGCGUUUCGGCAUGUUCAAGAGGUUGAUGAUGCAAACAAGUACAACUCGGACCGAGUCAUUGUCCACCACGACAACAUCAUGAUCCCAGCUUACGAUUCUAGGAACUAUGAUCAAAGCAUCAUGGCUAAGAAUGUUGACGGCUACAUCUCGCCCAAUGCCAAAGUAAUUUCAUGCAAUUAUCUACUGCCACAAUCUAUCGCAGUGCAAGCAUUCACGGGAAACACUCCGCUCGGCCUCAACAAGGGGUCCGUUAACUUGGUGGAUAUCUUUACCUCGGGAGAAGUGCUACUUAACCAGAUGCAAAUAUUGGGAUAUGUGCAGCAGUGGUUUACUCGGGAAUCAGCAUCACGGAGGGGUCUUUUACAGCACGUUAAAAUGUCCAACCACUUCAAGGGAGCCGGGUACACGACUAGUGGACCCAUGAAACAGGCGGACAUGAACGCAAUGGUUCCCCUUUUGCAAAAAUGCAAAAGUUUGACGUUUUGGGAGCUGAAAAUCAAGAGGUUUUGGAUUUUGGCGCGGUUGCAACAAGAGCGGGCGAGGCGCCAUGAUGAUCAUCUCGUGGUGCAACAGUUCACUUGCAUAGUUACCCACGUAGACGAUCAAAGCUUUGGAACGCUCUGCAAGGCGUAUUGUUUGGAGUUGGAGAUUGAAAUUGACGUUUUCUGGCAACAGGAAGGUGACGAUCCUCGCAUCGGUGCGACGCUGGUCUGCGACGAGGUCUUGUAUUUAAAUCCCAUUUCCGGUUCAUGUCUCGUGACAAAGAGCUUGCGAGUGUGA